AUGACUGUGGUUUCCUGAGCACCCAGACAGUCAGAGAACCAAUCAGAGAGCCAUUUCGAGAGCCAGUCAGAGACGGCUAUGAGAGGCUGUCGUUCUCGGGGCAGAAGCUUCCUCCAGGGUUCCCCGGACCCUUUAUCUUCCCCGAGGGGCUGUCGUCAAUAGAGACACUGCUCACUAACAUCCAGGGCUUGCUGAAGGUUGCCAUCGACAACACGCGCGCUCAGGACAAGCAGGUGCAGACGGAGAAGUCAGAGCUGAAGAUGGAACUGUUCAGAGAGAGGGAGCUGAGAGAGACACUGGAGAGACAGCUCACCAUGGAGCAGAAAAACAGAGUGCUGAUCCAGAAGCGUCUGAAGAAAGAGAAGAAGACGAAGAGGAAACUUCAGGAGGCUCUGCAGUUUGAGUGUAAACUGAGAGACCACGCUGAGCAGACACUGCAGCAGACUGGAGCGUCAGACAGAGCCCUCUGUGACUCACUGACCCAGGAAGUAGACAACGGUAACCAAGGUAACGGCAGGACUGACGCAGAGGCAGCGAUACAAGAUGGAAGACUCUUCCUGAAAACCACAGUGAUGUAUUGAAGUCGACAUGAAGAGAAGAUGGAUUCGAGCACCAUUGGAGAGAUUCCAGGGACUUGCAGCAGCAACAUCAUGGACGUUUCAGUACUCCACACUGUCAUUAAAGACGGACAAUACACAACAAAGAACAAAUAAUCAAAGAAUUGUCAUAACGGUGUUACGUGCAAAACCACUGUAUUUCACAGCAACACAUUCACAGAAAAGUGGAACUGAAGGAGAGAUUUUUCUACUUUAUUUAAACCAGCCCGAAUGCUCAGAGACAAAUCCACUUCCGAUUUUUGACUUGUAUUCCUGUCUCAAGUUUUAUAAGAUUUCAAUGUUUUAAAGCAUAAUGUCACGAAGGUAAUCUAGAGGGUAAUUUAUUACGUUAUUUCUGUACAUAAAUUCAUACAAUGUUUCAUUACAAUAUUUGUUUUUGUUGUUUAUUCUAGUAAUGAAAAAUGACAGUUAGUCCUUUGCCAUUGUUGUCAGACGAAAUCAGAUCAGAUGAAAGGUAAAGGAUUCCUGACCCAUGGUAUGCUGUGUACAUAAAGUAAAGAGAUUGUAUUGUAAUGCAGUAGAUCAGCUCGAUGAAAAAAUAAUACAAACA